UAUUUCCGCAAAAGAUGAAAAAGGUUAAUUAUAACGUGACCUAAAGAACGAAAGACCCAAGACAAUACUACAGGUAUCCAUUCAGCUGCCAGCAGUCAGUAAUCCUGGUCAGGCUGCCUCAAUCCUCUCUGAGCUAUUCCUGUUGCAGGAAGAACGAGAGUUUGACUCCCUGUUGUCGCACAGAUGGCGUCACCACGCUGCCGACGCGUUUUUAGGCAGUUCUCAUCCAUUUUGAUUGUUGGAUGUUCGAUGCUGAUCGUGAUGACAGUUUUGAAGAUUAUAGGCGACAGAUCGCCAGUGUGUAAAGGCAGUGUUCCUGAUAAAAUCCCAACGAAGCUGAAAAAAGGAGCUUCAUUGCCACCCAAUGCCCGCCAAUUGGGAUCCGAAGAUAAAUCUUUGCCAAGGACAUCCCAAAUAGGAAAGCAUCAUUAUUCUCACGACACAGACACCGUUCUCGACCCAGGGGCAAUCAGACCAUUCCCUACCCUCCCGUCUUACCCGCUGAAACCCGGCGGAGCAGGGAGACAUUACAACCCCGGUGUACUUUUGUCCUUUUUCCAAUCGGAACUCACGGCUGAAGAUAAAGAAAUCUUUACAAAUAUACUAGGUACCAUAGACAGGGUAUGCAGGGAGAACAAUAUCACCUAUUUCAUGUCUGCGGGCACCUUGCUCGGGUCAUACAGACACCAUGGUAUGAUUCCAUGGGAUGUUGAUGCCGACAUUCAUUGCAGCGUCCGCGGUAAGGCAAAACUGACGGAGGCAUUUUCAAAACAUGCUCCAGACUAUGUUGUUCAUACCCCGCUCCACACCCGCUACCCGGGGUUACUGAAGGUCUAUUACAAGUGGUCAAAUAUCACGGUGGACGAGUGGAAAUGGCCAGCAGUCGACAUAUUCCUGUACGCGGAAAACCAAACACACAUUUGGGAUAUUCCUCGGAAUUUAAGCGGAAACACAGUUCCCAGCUCCAGCAAACUCUACAGGAGAUUCGAAAAAAGAGUCCUGUUUCCUCUUCAUAGGCGUCCGUUUGGUAACAUCUUUCUCAACGCCCCUCGCGAUUCUUUUGCCUAUCUUAAGUUGUUUUAUGACAGUACAGGGUGCCUAAAACAACUGCAUAGACAAUACGCAAUACAGAUUCCCUGCAAGGAACUGGAGAACGUCGUGCCGUUCGUUUACAGAGAGGGGGUCGCCAAUGGAUCGGGCGUGAAAGAAAAGCUGAUGAUGGGCGACACGGUGUUACAAGAAUUCAUUAUUGACGAGCCAAGUUACGCCGUAACAAAACGGUAUAGUCUGGAGUUGGUGGAACACAAUGAAGACGGACGAGAUUCGGCAUAAAUAAAUAAAUA